UUGAACAAAUCUCUCCCUCUUUUCACCCCACGACCGCUUCGCGCAAACGUACGACAACUUUCGUUCGCCAUCAAGGCUGCCCCAAGCACGCUUUGCGCCCUCUUUCACAUUCAUUACCAAGCAACAGCACUAUCAUUCAAGAUGAUGGGUGGAAGAUCUCACCGCGGCUACCAUGCCGAGGGCCAGCAGCUGACCGUCACUGCUGAUGGCUCCAUUGAGCGCGAUCCUGAUGACAAGCGUGACUGGGCGGCUUACCGCAAGUCCAACGCCUUCUUUGUCACCUACAUCACUCUCAUUGUUAUCUGCGUUGCUUCCGCUCUCAUUGGCAUCGCCUACACCCUCAUCAAGAUUGAUAUCAACAACAAGAACCAGGCCAACCAGGCUUCGGUUGCCAACAUUGUCCCUCGCUUCCCAGCCUUGCAGUUCCACGCUGGCUCCUUCAACAACGGCACUCACUUCUCCACCAACGGCACUCUGACUGGUAUUUCCACUGGUAUCUCGGCUACAACCAUGGCUUCUGUCCCCUGCCCCGAGGAGACCGAGUCCUACACUCGUCUUACCAACGAGACCUACGCCGAGCCCACGACUACUGUCAAGAAGACUCUCACUGAGACUCGCACUCUUGAGCAGUCUACCAUGGGAACCACAGUCUCUUCUGCCUUGGCUGUUCCUGGCACCCAGUCUGGUACUUCUACUUCGCAGUCUGUCAACGUCAUCACCGAGGUCAUCACCACCUCUGUCACUGAGACUGCGGCCCUGACUGCCACUCUGACCGCCACCGAGUCUAUCUCUAAGUCGUCCAGCGAGCCUACCAAGUCCACCUUCGUUUCUACCUCUGAGGUCCAGACUCCCUCUGUUGAGGUCUCCUCGGUCUUCCUCACUGAGACCCAGACUCUGACUGCCACGAAGAAGGUAACCACUGUCGAGGAUGUCUUGUCCACCAUCACGAUUACCCCCACAAGCAUCGUCACCUCGACCGUCACCGUCGUCUCCGAGCCCCUCUCUACCUCAGAGGCCCAGUGCUCCCUCGAUGACCACACAGUCUACAUCACCGUCACCAAGACCGCUGAGCCCAGCUCCUCAGCCUCUUCCACGUCCCGUGUCGUCAUGACCAAGACCAAGACUGUCUCCCUUCCUUCUGUCACCCCUUCUCAGUCCACCACGACCAAGACUGUCUCCCUUCCCACCGUCUCCCCUGCCAAGUCCACUGACACCGUUGUGGUCACCUACACCGUCACCGUCGACAGCUUCAAGCCCACCAGCAAGAGCUCCUCCUCGGAAGACAUUGGCCUCACCACCACUGUCACUACUGAGACCAAGCGCACAGUCGUCGUGACCGAGCUCGCCACCAAGACCGUCUUCGAGACCGUUGUUGAUGGAACCACCUCCGCUUACAGCACUACGAUCUCAUCUGUUCUCCCCCACACUGGAACUGCUACCCUGACUUCCGCCGCUUCCUCUGAGGCCGCGACUAUCACUCAGACAGUCACCGACAUGGUUACUGAGACUCACCGCGCGUCUGCUUCCUCUGAUGCCAAGACCUCUCAGACUACUGUCACUGUCUCCCCCAGCACUCUCAAGUCUACAAAGUCAAUGCUCACCACGAUCCUUCUCACCGAUCGUGUCACCAAGACUGUCGGAGGCAUGGUUACUGUCACUCUCUACCCCACUCUCUCGUCUCCCCUCGUCAACGCCACCUCUACCUCCACCUCCACGGAGUCCCAGGUUGUUGUCACCGAAGUCGACAUCAGCACCGUCACCGUCACUGUCGGCGGCGAGGUCAAGACGACUGUCGUCAGCGUCCCCAAGAACGCGACUGUCACUCUCACCGAGAGCGAGGUCGUCACCAAGACAGCCACUCAUUCUCUCAUCAGUGGCGCUCCCCACCCCAACACGACCAUCGAGGUCCCUGGUGUCACGAUCAACACCACGAUCUACAUCACGGGUUCCCCGGUCAAGCACACCAAGACCAAUGUGCUCUCGCAGCCGCCCUACCCCACGGGCAACGGCACAGUCGUGUCGACCUACACUGGCCCUGGCCAGCCGGUCAGCACCACGCCUGUCUUCUCUGGCGCAGAGAAGCGCGCAGAGCCCAUCGUCUUCGGUGCCAUUGAGCGCACCGGUCUGAACUGCCAGACUUGUCUGGUUAUGUUCGUUCUGGGCCUCCUGGUCUUGUUCUAA